AUGUCUUACCAUUCUAACAAUUCAAGCUCUUUAGAGCUAGAUGAUGAUAAUCAACCUUUUGCCUAUAAGACCGAAACAAACACAGAUGCUCGCUCAGAAACAGAAACAUAUCAAUCGUUGUAUGAUAAAGGUAUUGCCUCCAACAUCCCGGAUAAGGAUCUCAAUGCUCCUCCCGUGUCCAAUCCCAUUUUCCCAGAAGAAUAUCGGUUGGAAACAGAAACUGGUUUGGUUAAGGUGGAAACCUUACAUUCGUUAGGUAGACGUCAGUCAAUUAUUUCUGAAAAGGAAGAAGACCAUGAAGAGUACGACCCGGAAAUCGAGUUUGUUACCUUCAAGGACCGCGACCCUGAAAACCCUCUUAACUGGAGCUUAAAGAUAAGAACUCUCUACACACUUAUCUUUUCGUUAUUGGUGAUUCAGGCCGCAUAUGGAUCUUCGAGUUUGGCAGGUGGUUUGCCACUUAUCGACGAGAAGUUUGGUGUUUCCACCGAAGUGUCAACGUUGGCAGUUUCGUUGAUGGUUCUUGGUUUCUCGGUUGGUCCCUUACUUUGGGCCCCGUUAUCUGAACAGUAUGGAAGAAGACCAGUGUACUUUUUUUCAUUCAUGUUAUAUGUGAUAUUCAACAUCCCCGUUGCUCUUGCUCCCAAUAUUGGUACCGUCUUGGUGUGCAGAUUUUUGGAAGGGUGCUUUAGUUCUUCGGCCUUGACGAUUGUGGGUGCUUCCAUUUGUGAUAUCCACAAUGAGACCAGAGGUUUGGCUAUUGCUUUCUUUAGUUUCUGUCCCUAUUCCGGUCCCGUACUUGGAGGUAUUGUCAAUGGGUUCAUCAGCGUCUAUUCGAGUAGAUACGAUUUGAUGUGCUGGGUCAACAUGGCAUUUGCUGGUGUUAUGUGGAUUGCGGUGUCACUCGUUCCUGAAACCUAUGCUCCCGUAAUCUUGAAAAGAAGAGCCAAAAAGCUCAGAAAAGAAACCGGAAAUGAAAAGAUCAUGACUGAGCAGGAAGCAAGACCAAUGUCGUUUAACGAAUUGUUGAACGAGGUAUUUUACCGUCCCAUGAAGUUUGUGAUUCAAGAACCCGUAUUGGUUUUGGUGUGUGCAUUCAUAGCCUUGAUUUAUGCCUUGUUGUAUGCAUUUUUCUUUGCCUACCCAGUUAUUUUUGGUAAGUUAUAUGGAUUCAAUGACGCCAAGGUGGGAUUGAUGUAUAUCCCCAUUUUGAUUGGAGCUUUCCUUGCUUUGCUUGUAACUCCAUUAUUGGAAAAAUCUUACAAUAAAAUGAUAAGGAGAAGAAAGCCAGAGCCAGAAGAUAGAUUGGUGGGUGCCAUGAUUGGUGCACCAUUCCCCGCCAUCUCGUUAUUCAUCUUGGGUGCCACGUCGUACAAGCAUAUAAUCUGGGUAGGUCCAGCAUCUUCUGGUAUUGCCUUUGGGUUCGGUAUGGUGUUACUUUACUACUCAUUGAACAACUAUAUUUUGGAUACUUACCAUAAAUUUGCUGCUAGUGCCUUGGGUACCAAGGUGUUUCUUAGAUCAUCUGGUGGUGCUGCCUUUCCCUUGUUUGUUACCCAGAUGUAUAACAAGUUGGGUUUACAAUGGGCAAGUUGGUUAUUGGCAUUCGUUUCCUUGGGUAUGAUGUUAAUUCCUUUUGCCUUUUACAGAUACGGUAGAGGCUUAAGAGCUAAAAUGUGUAAAGAAGACUAUUCUGCCAAUCUUCAAAUGGUUGUCGACUGA